AUGGGCUCUAAGGCUCUCAUUUUCGCUUGCAUAGCCUUGUUUUUGGCUAUAAUGAUCACUUCCGAGGUUUCUGCUCGGCAGUUGGCUGAGGAGAAUUCCUCCCAAGUUGAAGAACCAAAAACGACUGAGACUACUGCAGGGUUUGAGGAAGACAAGCACUAUCGAGGUGGCUAUGGGGGAUACCGAGGUGGAGGAUAUGGUGGCGGAUAUGGUCGAGGUGGUGGUUACGGGGGCGGUUAUGGCGGUGGUGGUGGCUAUGGAGGAGGUGGCGGCUAUGGUGGUGGCGGGGGUUAUGGAGGUGGUGGUGGUUAUGGCGGCGGUUAUGGAGGUGGCUAUGGUGGCGGUAAUGGUGGCUAUGCUCCGAUGGGUUGUUUGGAAGGAAUGUUUGCUGUUCCUAAUUCUGGUGCCAUAGUCCCUUACUCAAGUGAAGAAUCAGAUGAUGAAUGCAUCGUUGAUGCAGAAGAAUCAGACGAUGACCGCAUCGUUGUUGCGGAAGAAUUGAUGAACAUUGUGCUUUCAUGUAGAUCUUCUUGGCCGGCAUGUGGUGACUUGAAUGUGAAACAGUUUGCUUGCAAUAAACAAGGGGAUCAGUCGCAUAGCCAGAUGCCCGAUAAUGAUGUAGCGCUUCUAGCUGGGAUGAAGGAGCAUGGAAUUGGGCUUACACACGGUGCAAGGUGGGAGGGUGGACAACCAGAAUGUUAUGUUUUGGGUCGGUGGAGAAGGAACGGUAACAAGCAAUGUAGUGCUGUUGCUUCAGUUAGUAAUGGAGGGUCUGGGGUUGUAGGUUCUACAAUUUGGAGGUCAGAUUCUGUCGACAAGUUUAUUAGGCUGGUUUCGGCAAGUAAGCCGUCUCCAGCAGCUAAACACCUUAUCGAAGAAGGUCUGAGUGUGAUGGCAAGAGUGGUCGAGGCUGAAGUUGAGGCUAUACAGUCUAGAGAGGCAGAGGAAAAAGAAGAGGCUUCAGCAUCAAAUGUGGUUGUUAAAGAUCUCGAGCAACUGAGGCCAAUUGGUGAGCUUAAUGUAAGGUGGGUAAGUAUUGUUCAGAAGAAAAAGGAUCAAGCCCGGGGAAAGAGGAAGAGAGCAGCGACCGUGAGGACGAAGAAAGCUAUUUACAACAGGAUGGCAUCUAGUGAACCCGAAGUUGUUGGCCGUUAUGUGCAUCCGGUCUGUCCUGAUCAACCCUUAUAA